CUCCGUCCAAGCCAGAACCACCGAAGCCCGAACGAACAGCCUCCGUCACUACCUCUCGACAACUUCCCUUUCGUUGCGCCCCUGACCGCACCGCACCGCCAGUCGUAACCAUGAGCAGGGCACUUUUGCGCUCCGUCCUGGAGCUGCGCACUCCCGUCACGUGCCUCCCACCAUCUUUCCUCCUCCCCUUCCGUCCCGCCGCCGCCGCCGCCGCCGCCGCGCCCGCCGCUCGUUUCCUCCACCAGACUGCCCAGCAAGUUGAGCCUACCAGCCAGUCCGAUGCUGCUGCUGCUGCCGCCACCCUGCUUAAGGCCAGCCCAUCAAAGGUCACUACCGCCACACCACCAGAGGCCCCCGCAGCCGUUCCCACCAGCACACCAUUUUCUCAACAACCCCCGAUAAGCCAGCAAGUCAAGGAGCUCCUCCCCGUGCUCGCCGCGCAGCCGGGCCACUACACGACCAUCCACAUCCACGGCAAGCCGUACCUCGUGACCGAGGGUGACACGGUGAAGCUACCGUUCAAGAUGCCCGGCGUGGCACCUGGCGACGUGCUGCGCCUGAACCGGGCCUCGGUCAUCGGCAGCCGCGACCUGACCCUCCAGGGCGCGCCGUACGUGGACGAGCGCCUGUUUGAGUGCCGCGCCAUUGUCAUGGGUACCGAGAGCGAGCCGAUGCGCGUCAUGAUCAAGAAGAAGCGGAGGUGCAGGAAGAAGAAGCAUGUUUUCAGCAAGCACAAGUACACGGUUCUCAGGAUCAACCAGUUGAAGAUCAAUGAUGUGUCGAGCCUUUGAAUGGGUCACAGUGGGUUGCUACUGCUGAAAGAAGGGAGGGUGCAGAAAACAGUGAGGCUGGAAUGCCACUGUUGAAAGGAGAUGAUGGGGCAAGGGGUGGUGGAUAAAUAGUGGAGGAGGGGAGAAGGAGAGGAGGAAGCCGACAACCCCGGGCAGGCCAAUAUCGAACAACACCGUUCAGCCCAAAACAGCCGACCGCAUGGCACACGGAUAGCACACAAACACUUGACAAUGGGGAUGGAGGAAGUUUCCAAUGUUUUGCUGCUGCUGGAUGGAUUCCAAAUGUGCAACAGAUGGCGGACGCGGUGGGAUUUAUCAAGCACUGCUCGUUGAAGCCGAGGUCUUUAGAAAAGGGUAGCAAGGCCUGCCUGGGCUUCUUCUGUCAUACAUCUGUAUGUCCUUCGAUUAGAAAGGGAGUGAUUACAGAUCAACUAUAGACUAGUUGUGUAAGAUCAAGGGGAUAUACCGACAUAUUCGGCAUGUAUCAUAUUUGUUCUUGUUCAUAUUAUAAAAUGGGGAUUGGAA